AUGAUGAAGAUGAAGAGCAGAGCAUCGACAUCAAUGCUUCCCCAAAACAGAGCAUGGAUACACCUAGCCCUAGACCCUCGUUUCUCACCAACACCAAGAAGUCAAGCUUCUACACUUCCAAGACUGGAAGCAAUGCAAAGACCAUCACCACCUACUGAAGAAGAAGAUACUUGGCAAUAUGAUCCCAUUGAUCCCAACAAGAUAAGCCCCAUGAAGCUUAAAGAGUUCAAUGCUAAGGUGAAAUCACUUCCAUUCUAUGUCACUUUUGAAGAAGCUUGGGAUAAACAUGGUCUAGUGGAGUUCUUUUUCACAACUAGUGAAAACAAAGAAGAGAUACACCAACUUUUCAGGAAGGCACGAUUUCCCCUUGCCCCUCAUGCAGUCAAUCAACCACCAUCACCACCAUCAUCACCACCACCCAAGUGGUAUGUCAAUUCCAUAUCAAGAGAGAAGCUUGCUGAGUUCAAUCAGUUUGUCCAAACUCUUCCAGCCAGCAUGUCUUCCAAACAAGCUUGGCGCCACUACCCAUUCACCACCUUUCUUCCACAACUGCAAGAGACACCUGAGGACAUAAAGAGCUUUUUGAGAAAGCUAAAGUUCAGCCAACCUUCAAGACCCUCUACAAGAUUGAAGACCCAGGUCAAUUCUCUAUUCCCUGUCAAGUAA